AUGCUCUCAGGACUGGGAAUAAGACGAGCCUGCUCUCAGAAUCCCUCGCUUCUCGAGGCAAAGCAGCUCUGCAGCGUAGUUCCAGAUUUCUAAAGGAGAGCAGCAGCCUGGGCAGAAGGUGGCAAGGUGUUACACUGAAGCUGAAUAUAUUGAAAAACUCGACAAACAGAUUUCAAGAGAAUGCAGAUAAAAUGAUCAGGCAGACCAAUGAGUCCUUCCUGAUACUUAGAGAGACUCCUGAAGGUGGAAGAGACAAGAAAAGCAAAACCAAAGAGCUGGCCAUGUCUGCCAACCAGAGUGCAGUGAGAACGCUGAGAGACGUGGUGGGACUGAGCCAGAAGCUGUUUAACACAUCUGCUGACCUGUCCAGAAUGAACGCUACAUUACGAGAGACAAAUGAACUUCUGCGCGACUCCACAGCAACCACUCUGUUGGCAGGAAGAAAAGUUAAAGACAUGGAAACUCAAGCCAACCUUUUAUUUGACCGAUUGAAGCCUUUGAAGACACUGGAAGAAAACCUGAGCAGAAACUUAUCAGAAAUUAAACUGCUGAUCAGCCAGGCUCGGAAGCAGGCAGCCUCGAUUAAAGUUGCGGUGGCUGCAGACAGAGACUGUAUCCGGGCCUACCAGCCUCAGAUUUCUUCCACCAACUACAACACGUUGACACUCAAUGUCAAGACACAGGAACCUGACAACCUUCUCUUCUACCUGGGUGGCACCGGCUCUGAUUUCAUGGCGGUGGAGAUGCAACGGGGAAAAGUGGCCGUCCUCUGGGAUCUGGGAUCUGGGUCCACACGGCUGGAAUUCUCAGACGUCUCCAUUGAUGACAACAGAUGGCACAGCAUCCACGUCACCAGGUUUGGAAACACUGGUUCACUGAGUGUAAAGGAAAUGGGUUCAACUCAAAAGCCACCAAGGGAAACAAGUAGAUCUCCUGGGACAGCCAAUGUUCUGGACAUCAACAAUUCAACACUCGUGUUUGUCGGGGGACUCGGAGGGCAAAUCAAGAAAUCUCCUGCUGUGAAGGUAACCCAUUUUAAAGGCUGCAUGGGAGAGGCCUUCUUGAAUGGCAGAUCCAUCGGCCUGUGGAAUUACAUUGAAAGGGAAGGCCCGUGCCGUGGCUGCUUUGGAAGCCCCCAGAAUGAAGACUCUUCCUUCCACUUCGACGGGAGCGGGUACUCAGUGGUGGAGAAGACACUGCGGGCCACUGUGACGCAGAUAACCCUGCUGUUCAGCACCUUCUCGCCCAACGGGCUGCUUCUCUACCUGGCUUCAAAUGGCACCAAAGACUUUUUGUCUAUCGAGCUGAUCCAUGGCAGAGUUAAAGUGAUGGUUGACCUGGGCUCAGGCCCUCUCACUCUCAUUACGGAUAGACGGUACAACAAUGGAACCUGGUACAAAAUCGCCUUCCAGAGAAACCGGAAGCAGGGACUCCUGGCUGUUAUUGAUGCAUAUGACACUAGUGACAAAGAGACCAAGCAAGGCGAGACACCAGGAGCUGCCUCUGACCUCAAUCGACUAGAUAAGGACCCGAUUUACGUGGGUGGCUUGCCCCCGUCAAGAGUCAUAAGGAAAGGCAUCUCCAGCAAAAGCUAUGUGGGCUGCAUCAGGAACCUGGAAAUAUCCAGAUCUACCUUUGAUUUGCUUCGAAACUCCUAUGGAGUGAGGAAAGGCUGUGUUCUAGAGCCUAUCCGAAGUGUUAGCUUCCUGAGAGGUGGCUACGUGGAGUUACCACCCAAGUCUUUGUCACCAGAAUCUGAAUUGCUGGCCACAUUUGUCACCAAGAACAGCAGUGGCAUCAUCCUGGCUGCCUUCGGCAAGGAUUCAGAGAAGCAGGGCCGGCGGCAAGCACACGUGCCCUUCUUUUCCAUCAUGUUGAUUGAUGGCCACAUUGAAGUGCACGUCAGCCCUGGGGAUGGGACCAGCCUGAGGAAGGCCCUCCUGCACGCUCCCACGGGGACAUAUGGCGACGGACAAGAGCAUUCCAUCUCGUUGGUUCGGAAUCAGAGAAUUGUCACUGUCCAGGUGGAUGAGAGCAAUCCUGUGGAAAUGAAGCUGGGCCUGCUCACAGAAAACAAGACAGUAAACACAUCCAACCUGUAUAUCGGGGGCCUUCCCGAGGGCAAGGGCACACCCACGCUCAAAAUGAGGGAGUCGUUUCAUGGCUGCAUCAAAAACUUGAUCUUCAACCUGGAACUUUUGGAUUUCACCAGUGCGGUUGGCUAUGAACAAGUGGACCUGGACACCUGUUUGCUUGCAGAACAGCCCAAGCUGGUCCUUCAUGGAGAGGACACUGAGCUCCUGCCAGCGCCCCCAACUCUUCCACAUUCCUGUAAGCAGCUUCUUCUAAUGGAACGGUGUGUGGUGGACACCAUUCCAGACCAUGUUCCCGGUGCUCACCAGUUUGGCCUCUCACAAAGCAGCCACUUUGUGUUGCCUUUUAAUCAGUCAGCUGUCAGAAAGAGGCUCUGGGUUCAGCUGAGCAUCCGGACCUUUGCCUCCAGUGGUCUCAUUUACCUCAUGGCUCAUCAGAACCAAGUGGACUAUGCCACACUCCAGCUCCACGACGGCCGCCUGCAUUUCAUGUUUGACCUUGGGAAGGGCCGAACCAGGGUCUCUCACCCUGCCUUGCUCAACGAUGGCAAGUGGCACACGAUCAAGACGGAGUAUGCUAAGAGAAAAGGUUUCAUGACUGUUGAUGGCCAGGAGUCCCCCAUGGUGACAACUGUGGGAGAUGUAACCAUGCUGGAUGUGGAAGGGAAGCUGUAUCUGGGAGGCCUCCCCGCCCAGUACAGGGCCAGGAACAUUGGGAAUGUCACCCACAGCAUCCCUGCCUGCAUCGGGGAGGUGACAGUUAACGGCAAACAGCUGGACAAGGAGAGCCCAGUGUCUGCCUUUGCAGUGGACAGAUGCUAUGCAGUGGCCCAGGAAGGAACUUUAUUUGAAGGAAGUGGCUAUGCAGCUCUUGUCAAAGAAGGCUACAAAGUCCGAUCGGAUUUAAACAUCUCACUCGAGUUUCGGACCUCUGCAGAGAACGGCGUCCUCCUGGGGAUCAGCAGUGCCAAAGUGGAUGCCAUUGGCCUAGAGAUUGUAGAUGGCAAGCUCUUGUUUCAUGUCAACAACGGUGCUGGUCGCAUAACAGCUGCAUACGAGCCUAGAGCUGCCAGGGCUCUCUGUGAUGGGAAAUGGCACACAGUCCAAGCCAAUAAAAGCAAGCACCGACUCGUUCUAAUUGUUGACGGGAAUGCUGUUGGUGCUGAAAGUCCUCACACGCAGUCUACCUCCGCAGACACCAACAAUCCCAUUUAUGUCGGCGGCUAUCCUGCUGAUGUGAAGCAGAACUGCCUGAGCAUCCGGGCCUCCUUCCGGGGGUGUCUGAGAAGGCUCACGCUGACCAAGGGCCCACAGGUGCAGCCCUACGACUUCAGCAGAGCCUUCGACCUACAAGGAGUUUUCCCUCAUUCCUGUCCUGGGCCUGAGCCCUAAACUUGUGGCAGAAUCUUCAGUUAGAAUUGUUGCUAAUGUUUGAGAAGAAAUAUUUUUGUGCAUUCAAGUCUUUUUCCAUUCGGAUUUUAUUCUCAACUCAGGUCAAGUGUUUCCACAGAGAGGUGUUGUGUUUAUAUUAAACAAAAACCACA